AUGGCUGGACAAGAUUUAGAGACGGUGGACGAGAUUCGGGACUUGGGGGUUUUAGUAGAUAGUAAUUUGCGGUUUGACUCACAUAUCAAAAAAACUGUAAAUAAGGGUUUUAGGAUGAUGGGUUUCGUACUGCGCAAUGCUAAGGAGUUCAAGAAGUCUUCAUCGAAAAUAAAACUCUUUCAAGCAUUAGUAUUACCUGGACUGGAAUUUAACAGUGUCAUUUGGACUCCACAUUACGAGGUGUAUAUUAAACGUUUGGAAAGUGUUCAAAAGCGCUUUUUAUAUCACUUGGCAUUUGGCGAUUUAGAAGCGGAGAGACUUCCAGGGUACUCACAAAGACUCGAGCAUUACAAGUUAACUUCUCUGAUCAACCGCAGAAAGAGACUUGAUUUAAUCUUCCUGCACAAAAUUGUUAACGGUUCAUUAGACUGCCCUGAGUUAUUGAAUAUGCUCCAAUUCAAUACGCCUUGCAGGUUACCCAGGAAAAGCGCUUAUAACUUUUUUGCCGUAGUAGGUUCAAAAACGAACCUCGGUCAUUUCGCUCUUUUGCCGAGGCUCUGCAGGACGUAUAACUCGCUUUCCAAAUUACAUGAUUUGGACAUUGGUCUUGGGUUAAACAAUUACAAGAGAAGGUUGUGUGAUAUUUUAAAUACAUAA